ACCGGUACCGGAAAAGCUGUCACCUGUCAAUUGGUUUCCUAAGAAAAACACUGGAUAAAAAUUGGUGGCAAAUGGCAAUUUAAUUAAAUUUAAAUUGCUAACAUUAACGCAGUUUGAAAAUAGAGAAGCAACAUAUAAGUGCCAAUUUUGUGGUAUUUACCACAAAAUGAGUUUGCAGAUGUCGGCAGUUAAUUUUGAUUUAAUUACUGCAUUAAAAUGUAGUAAAGAAGACCAUGUUAUCAGAAAUGUAUGGAACCACAACUUACAUGCAGAAUUCCAUAUAAUCAGAAAGGUGGUCCAGAAAUAUCAAUGGGUAGCAAUGGAUACAGAAUUUCCAGGUGUUGUAGCACGCCCAAUAGGAGAAUUCAGAUCUACUGCUGAUUACCAGUAUCAGCUUCUUAGAUGCAAUGUGGAUCUACUAAGGAUAAUACAGUUAGGUCUCACAUUUAUGGAUGAGAAUGGGAAAACUCCUCCAGGCUGUAGCACAUGGCAGUUUAAUUUUAAAUUCAAUCUGCAAUCUAUUGUCGGCAGGGAGGACAUGUAUGCCCAGGAUUCCAUUGAUUUGCUUCAGAACUCAGGCCUCCAGUUCAGAGAGCAUGAGGAACAUGGCAUAGAGCCUCUUGAAUUUGCUGAACUGUUAACGUCGUCAGGCAUUGUGCUCAUGGACAACAUCAACUGGUUGAGCUUCCACUCCGGUUAUGAUUUCGGCUACUUGCUGAAACUGCUCACUGAUCAAAACUUACCGCAGGAGGAAAGCGACUUUUUCGCAAGCUUGAGGUUGUUCUUCCCGGUUAUAUAUGAUGUAAAGUACCUCAUGAAGUUAUGCAAGAAUCUAAAAGGCGGGCUGCAAGAGGUGGCCGAUCAGCUGGAACUGCGGCGAGUGGGCCCGCAGCACCAGGCUGGGUCAGACUCACACCUGACUGGCAUGGCUUUCUUCAAAAUAAAGGAAAUAUUCUUUGAUGGCAACAUCGAGAGUACUAGUGGCCAUCUCUACGGGCUGGGAGCCCAGUGUUCUCCCAAUACAACUAAUACGCAAGACUGUAUUGAAAAUGGGAGUUCGCCAUAAUUGUAUUAUUAAUAUUAUUAACGUUAAGUAUUAUUCAAGUUCUCAACGUGUAAUACAACGUCGCCACAGAGUGUUCUAUUUUCACAAUGUAUGAGGAUACUGUGAUUUUUUUAUGUACCUGAUUUCCCAGGAGUGGUGAUUUAUUUGACAUAUUUAUAAGUAAUUUAUUUUAAGCAACUGCUGAGUAUAUAAGUUUUUUCUCAAGUUAUAAAGUUCCUAACUUUAAAUAAAAGAUUUUUUUAUAUAAGUACCUAAGAGCGGUUUCAGACUAGCGUUUUAUACGCGCGUAUGAGGUCGUUUUUGGAAGCGCAUGUAGGCGCAGCGCGCCUUUUGGCACGCGCUCAAAGGUCCAUUAUAUCAACAGACAUAUAGCGUGCCUAAUUUAAUAAUAUUCUUCUAUAUAGUGUUUAUUGACGUAUUUAUAUCUAUCGUAACGCGGCCGCGCAGACGUUGACAGACACUGACCGCGCCCGGCCAGAAUUAGCGGUAAGAAUUUUAUGUGCGGUUCACCUUCACGGUAGAGUCCUUUUCAUGACAGCUGAACUAAAAUUAACAGCGCCUUACAUAAUGACAAUAAGACCGCCAUUACCGAAUGACAAUGAGCGCCGCGUCUAGCUACCUGCUGGGCAGUGUGAAUAGACGGUGUCUGUGGGUGUCUGCCACGCUAACUGCUUGCUAGCUUGUCUGUAACGCACUGUGUCUGUAGAUAUAAAUGUACCUCAACUCGUAAAAGCGUUGACGCGCAUCGAAGCUCGUUUAAGCGCGAGCCGCUUGUAUGUUUCUUCGUCAGAAUCCAUGUUUCUGACACCCGUUCGAGCGAACACGCCAAAAUGUACCCGUUGACGCGAGUCUGGUUUUUUUUUAAGCGCGUAUGCUUAAAAAAAACGACCGUAUAUGUGAAAAAAAAAUACGCUAGUCUGAAAUCACUAACUACAACACGGCGUGGCGUACGUCGAUAGGUAAUAACUAAAGUGCAAUAAAUAAAAUUCAAAAUUA